CUAAAACGUAGAUGUAUUUAGUUACAGUAUGACUUUAUUUGUCACGUUGCUCGUGUCAUAUGUCAAAGCAUUGUAAAAGAAGUUGUCAGGUUUAUUGAUCGAGCAUUUUGUGUCAAUUUUGCCGGAUACAAGGUGUAGAUUUAGCGACAAAUAAUGGAUUUAUUCGAUGCCAAGUCCUUUUGUUUCAUCGUGAUGAAUUUGAUAUGUAUCAAAACUUUGACAAAUGCGAGUGAAGAAUACGUUGAUCCUGCCGAAGUGAUUUAUGGAGAUUUGGUUCAAUUUCGUGACGGUCACAUUAUAAUUGCUGUGCUGCUUCCAAUUACAACAAGUGAUGAAAAUGAAAACUGUCGGAAUGAAUUUCGAAACGAAGGAAUACAAAUGGUGGAACAAAUCAACAUGGCCAUUGAAAAGGUGAAUGCUGAUGAAAAAUUUUUACCUGGAAUUAAAAUUGGCACUGUUAUUAUCAACACGUGUCUUUCUGUACCUAACACAUUAACAAAGGUAAUAUUUGAUGUUUUACGAAAAUACAUAUUAGACAAUCAAUGUCAUAACAGCUGCCUGAAUCCUGACGAACCGAGAAUUCUAGCAGGAGUACUUGGUGCUAUGAAAAGCUCGGUAUCCAUGCAGAUUGCUAGAUUACUUCAGGUUUUUUAUAUUCCACAGAUCAGCUACUUUUCAACAAAUCCAGAAUUGAGUGACAAGAAUAGAUUUCAAUAUUUUUUCAGAACUGUUCCAUCUGACACUAAACAGACUCUGGCUAUGACGCACUUUAUCGAGCAAAUGGGAUGGAAUUACGUGUCAGUACUUUAUGAAAAUGAUCCUUAUGGAAUAAACGGAAACGCUGAGAUUGUUCAUCACUUCAAAGACAAUAAUAUAUGUUUUGCUGAAACAAUAUUGGUCGAAGUUAAAUCUAACAUGGAUUACUAUAUCGGUAUCGUAGACGAUCUGAUGAAAAAAUCUACCGCUAACGCCGUCAUAUUAUUUAUGGGGGCAUGGUUGGCUGAAAAAAUAAUAACUGCAACAAAAUACGUCGAAGGAGCGGAGAAUAAAUUUACGUGGAUGGCCUCGGAUGCAUGGAUAGAAUAUUUGCCAUAUUCCAAUGCAGAUGAAGCAUUCAUCCAAAGUAUCGACGGUUCUAUAGGUUUCAGACCAAAUUUUGUUCAUAAUACAAACCUCAGUGCCAUGAUCGAAAAUAUAACGUUAGAUAGAUAUCAAGGCCUAAACAAAACUCUGAAUCCCUGGUGGGAACAUUAUAUCAGUAACACCAACAACUGUUCAUUACAAAAAGGUAAUAUGACACAUGGGAAGCGAAUUUGUUCUCCCAACGAAACAAUAAGUGGAUUCACUCAUUUGGAUAAUUCCAUUGAAGAAUCGGUGAUGGUUUUUGUGCAUGCACUAAAUUCAUCCCAUCAGGAUAUUUGCACCAACAUAACAAAGGAGAAUGGAUUAUGCGGGGAAUUAAGAAAUAUGUCUGGAACAAACAUAUUAGCAAAAGAGUUAUAUCACUAUAUAAAGAAUGUUUCUUUCUAUACUGACGACGGAAGACUAUUCGAGUUUGAUGAAAAUCAGGACGCACCAAGUGUUUAUAGAAUAUCAAUUUACAACAGGAACAUGUCAAGCGAUUACAAAAAUACAAACGGCUGGACACCGAUUAAGACCUAUGAUGAUAAAGGGUUUCAUAAUUACAAUGUCGACUGGAGACAAGGUGAGGUUUCUUCUGUAUGCAGUCAACCAUGUAUGCAAGGACAAGCUAAGAAAACAGCUGAGCAGUUAUGCUGUUGGUUUUGUCAAAAUUGCACUGAACGACAAUUUGUUUCUAAUGGAACUGAAUGUGUCGACUGCUCAGAAGACAUGAUGCCAAAUGCUGAACAGGAUCAAUGUGUUCUAAUACCAAUUCAAAAACUGGAGUAUGAUUCUGGUUACACAAUCGGAUGUUUGGUCGUGGGGGUGUUUGGAUUACUUUGCACUUCAUUUGUUACUGCGAUUUAUAUCAAAUUUAGGCACACUGCAAUAGUACGAGCUUCGGGAAUGGAACUGUGCUUCUUUGUGUUGUUUGGGAUAUUUUUCACAUUGACGAAUUGCUUUGUUAUCACUGCUCCACCGACUAUUUUCUCCUGUGCUCUGUCGAGGGUCAUACUAGCCAUUGGGCCUGCCUGUAUGUAUUCUGGUCUACUGGUAAAAACGAUUCGAGUGGUUUUUAUAUUUCACUCAAAACGAAUCAUGUCCACGAGGACGAAAGCCUAUCUUGAACCGGUGCCGAUAUUAUUCAUCACGCUCUUGGUUGUUGUAGUUCAAAUUGUGAUUCUCAUACCAUGGCUCGUGAUAAAUAACCCAAAGGUUACUGUUAAAUACUAUGAAAAUGAAGCAUUUUUAACAUGUGAACAUAUUAUAAAUGAAGAAAUAUUUGUUGGAAUUGCCUACCCGUUUGUAAUUAUAAUUAUUUGUACAAUUCUUGCUACAAUAAACAGAAAUGCACCGACUGGAUUUCGGGAAACAUUAUUCAUAGGUUUUGCAAUGUAUACAACGUGCGUAACGUGGAUUGCAUUUCUUCCUUUAUUUUUUACUCACUCAGCAGAAAUAUUUAAACAGUUGACAACAAUUUCAGUUGCACUGAGUGUUAGUGCAAUUACUGUUCUGUUUUGCUUAUUUGUUCCUCGGUGUUACACAAUGGUAUUUUAUCCUGAAUUCAAUACGUCUGAAUCGGUCAUGGGACAUACAGGAUCAUUUACUGGGACAAAACCGCCACGACCAAAAGCAAAAACUGUUGAUGGAGUGGAAAAUAACGCAUAUUCAAUGAGUCCUACUGCCGACGUUAAACCUAGAUCGACGUAAUUUUGUGGAAAAAAUAAAUAAAAUGUGCAAUGGAACCGUCAACUCAUUAAAUAAUUUCACCUUACAACAAAGUCAAUAAUAUUUAAUUUUCUUGUGACUUUUGUCAGAACACAAUCCGACCCAAAAAAUGAAACCAAUACAUUUCUUAAAUACUUCUACGAAAAUAAAGUGAAAAUUAUUUGAUUUAGUUUGGGCCUCCUGGACCACUGCCUAUGUAUGAUUAUAUCCAAAGUUUCAUAAAUCUAGGACGCUUCGUACAAAAGGUUCUCUCUGGCAUUUGUUCAAAAUGACAUCCUUGGCCUCUGAGACAGACUUGCAUCCUUUGCGCAAAAUUGUCACUCACUUACUUGGCUUUCCGCUGAAGCGCACUUUCUACUGUCAGGACAUGUCAAUAGCAACAAUAAUGUUUACUGAGACAUAUCACUCCCGAAGAAAGUCUUACGGCGAGAGGGGUCUGCAACCUGCGGGCCAAAUGACGCCCACAAGGUACAAUUGUGCGGCCUGCCGAAAAGUGCCAAUUUUGAAUGGUGUGCGGCCAGUGGUGGGGUUAAAUUUUCGAUCAGCCGGUGCCUUCACAAAAGUCAUAUUUUUCAGCCGGUUCUUGUUACAAAAAGUCAUAUUUAUUUUAGCAAAUAAACCAGUAAUGCUAACCGUUUCGCUGAUCUCAUAAAAUUCCGUGAGACGAUUCUAUAGAACCGGUGCGAACCGGAUGAAUCCCACCACUGUGUGAGGCCCGCGAAGCGAGUUUUGGAAUUAGUUUAAUCUGGCACGUGCGAGUAAUACCAAACCCUUUGCGCCUAAAUCAAAGACUCUAAAAAUGCAAUAACAACAUACUUACUUUUUUAUUCAUUUCUACAAAGUCUUCUUGACAUAUUGUUUUCUAAUAAAAUGUUUACAUACA